AUAAAAAUAAAUAAUGAUUGCUUAAAAAAAUUCAUAUAAAACUAUAACUUAACUUUUUAAAAAGAGAUAUGUAUUCCAAAUGGAAAAAUAUAUCACAAUAUGGGGAAACAUAACUACUACAAAUUUGAAAAAAAAUGCUUAGCACAUCUCACAUUAAAUAUAUACCAGUAUCUUUUUUAUUGAUAAUCCUGAUCGAAAGCGUCGUUAAGACAUUAGCAGCUGAUCAUGGUGGUGAGACCGAAACUGAACAUUAUAACCCUAAAAUACUGAGAUAUCAAAUAGCCACAGUUGAUUUUAAGCACGUGGAAAAGGCAUUUAUGAUAUCUAUUUGGAUGCUCCUAGCCAGUUUAGCCCGAUUAGGCUUCUAUAUAUCACCAACGCCCUCUAACUACUUUCCUGAGUCAUGUAUGCUUUUGCUAUUAGGCGUUCUCUCGGGGUUGGUGUUAUUUUUUUCCAGAAUCCAAGGCAUCAAUUACACAAUUUCAACAAGCCUCUUUUUCCUUUUUUUGCUUCCGCCUAUUGUAUUAGACGCUGGGUACUUUAUGUCCCUCCGACCUUUUUUUGAAAAUAUAGGCACUAUAUUACUCUUGGCAAUAGUUGGAACUAUUUGGAACACAUUUGCUACAGGAUUAUCACUGUGGGGUAUCGCGAAAACAGGUAUGAUUGGCGUCGAUGUGCCACUGAUGCACUGUUUACUUUUUAGUAGUUUGAUAUCCGCAGUUGAUCCAGUAGCCAUUUUAUCCGUCUUCGAGGAGGCCAACGUUAAUGAAAUUCUUCAUAUUAUAGUUUUUGGAGAAUCAUUGUUAAACGAUGGUGUGGCCAUAGUGUUAUAUAAUCUGUUUGGGUCUUUUAGUGAAAUUGGCUUGGAAAACAUAAUCACGAAGGACAUUAUAUUUGGCAUGAUAUCGUUUGGAGUAGUAUCCUUAGGUGGAACAUUGAUUGGAAUUCUGUUCGGAAUAUUCACAGGUUGGCUUACUAAAUACACCCACAAAAUCCGAAUUAUAGAACCCCUCUUCGUUUUCUUGUUAGCCUACUUGUCGUAUAUCGUAGCCGAUAUGUUUACUCUUUCAGGAAUAUUAGCAAUUGUAUUUUGUGGCUUAAUAAUGCGACCCUUUGUUGAAGCGAACAUAAGCUUAAAGUCUAAUAUAACGGUGAAAUACACUAUGAAGACUCUGAGCAGUAUUUGCGAGAGCAUAAUAUUCUUGUUCUUAGGUUUGUCUGCUGUCGUUGAUGUUCACGUUUGGAACAUUGCCUUUACUUCUUUUACGCUGUUCUUCUGCUUGAUAUUCCGGGCUAUAGGUAUACUACUUCUUAUACCCCUGAUUAAUAGAUACAGAUUAGUUAAAUUGAACAAAGUCGACAUUUUUAUACUGACCUAUGGAGGAUUACGAGGCGCUAUUUCAUUUUCUUUAGCCCUUCUCUUAAGUGAAAGUGUUGUAGGGCAGUAUAACAAAAGAAUGUUUGUAACCACAACAAUGACAGUGGUCAUUUUCACUUCAUUCUUUCAAGGAUUAACAAUAAGACCAUUGUUAGAAUUUUUAAGCGUGAAAAAGGCCCAGGAUAAAGAUAAAAACAUGGGCACAAUACUGUUUGCCAGAUGCAUAGAUCACCUAUUAGCCGGGGUUGAAGAUAUCCUAGGUAAUCAAGGCAAGAAUCGCUUAAGGGAAAAGAUAGAGCUAUUCCAAUACAAAUAUCUGCAACCAUACUUAGUGAAAAAAGCGUCUUCGAGGGAGGACAAUCUUGUACACAUUUGUAAAAAACUGAACAAAGACGAAACUAAUGAAUUGUUAAAACAAUACCAUGGAGAUAUAAAUGCACUCAAACAAGGUCUCACCAUAUGUCAUCUAGUGGAUUUUUUGCGUGCCAAAAAGGAAUCUACCAAGGACAAAAAUAUGAAAAACACAUUGCUAGAAAGAGGUUUUGAAUAUCUCUUGGCAGAAAUCGAAGAUUUCAUCGGUCAUAAAGGAAAUCAAAUAUCGGAUCCUACUAUGGUUGAUGAGAGUCAAGACAAAAAUAUGCCAGUUGUUAACAUAUCAAAAUAUCCAGUUUACACAAGUAAAGAAGAAGCCAAUAAAUGGUAUUCCUUGGUUGAAGAUGUACUGCACCCGCGAGGUCAUCAAGGCAAAAAAUACAGCCGACGCAUGCUCUUCCACAAUCCAUCUCUAAGUAGCAUUCAAGCUACCCCUUCGAAUCAACAUAUUCUUAAGCUAAAAACUUCGCCAUUGUUUAUCAGUCCACAUAAAAGAGGAAAACUCUUUGAGAAGUCCAACGAACACGUAAAAAGUAAGGAAUUUUCAAAAUAUUAUGGCAUACCUGAAGUACUUAGUCGUUUUUUUGGUAUGACCAGCUCUCCUUCCCAGGAUUUGGUAGCCAUCAAUAAAAGAAAUGGUAAAAGAGCUAAAAAAAAUUAUGACAAUGACUUUCCCGUUGAUAGUCCUACUACCUCAUCCGAUAUAUUCCGUUUUAACGCUUUAACCGAGACAUUGCCUGGAUCUCUAUUGAAUAGAAAUCAGCACGUUAACUCUACAUUAUUACCCAUCAAGGAGAUCGAAAAAUAUAUCCCUCGACUUAUUACUAGUAAAAAGUUAACUAAUGGAUUUGGAUCACGUGUUAUUGAAGUUGGAACGAAUCAAGAGAAGGGGCGAUUGAUAGAAAAUGAUAUAGAUACAGACACACGCCACCGGACCUUAUCCUUAAUAAAUGCAUCACCACUAUUACAACCGAUGAAAGCGACAUCCUUGACCCCUAAAUUCGAUAAGAAAAGUGCACUACCAUAUUCAUUUUUGUCACAGACUGGUACUAAAAGCUUAUUAAACGUUGAAGGAGCGGAAUCUGAAGAGAGUUUUGCGUCAGCCAUGAGUUCGCAUUUAGUAAGGGGAUUACCUGUUAGCUCCGACUUGGAGGAACCUACAAGAAAGAAAGACAUACCAAAUAAGUCGAUUGUUGCAAAGGCGGGAGUGCAAGUCGACAAACCGGUUUCCAAAUCAGAUAAAGUGACCUAAGUUUAUUCAACAGAAUUAUUAUAGAAUUGGCCUUUGCAAAUAAAGAUUUAAUAUAAUUGGAUGUUAAUGAAUACGACGCCUUACAUUUAAAAACAUUAAUAACAUAAUAUAUAAGAGGCACCCGACACAUAAAAAUUUUUAUGGGGGGCUGUAAAUUUUUUAGAAAAUUUUAUGUUUUAAAUAUUAAUAAUGGAACAAUAUUAUCUAUUAUGUAGAAUAUUUUAUUGGGCUCGCGAGCCCUGCUGCCUCCAUGAAGUCGGCGCCUAUGGUAUAUAUUAAUAUAUUAAAAUUUGUUGUAAUUGCUUUUAUCAAAUAUCUUGAAAGUUUAUUUAUAUUUUGAUAUUGGAAGUGAAUUACAUUAAUAAAUCUUUGUUCAAAUGUUAAACACAAUUUACUCCUACCUUAAAUAAUUAUAUACUUU